GCCGCUGCGGCUCCAAUUUCGGCGCUUACAACAAUAGUAGAUCGCACGACUUUCUCCUUCCGCCAUGUUUUCCAAUGAGUGCGUCUCGGCACAUGGAGUCGAGAGCCAAUCGGCGCACUUCAAUCUCGGCGGAGGGAUACGGCCGCUGGAGGUCCAGAAAGUGACCGGCGGGAGCGAAAUGGAGAGGAAACGUUGGGAAUGUUCGGCGUUGCCGCAGGGCUGGAAGAAGGAAGAGGUGACCCGGAGAUCAGGGCUGUCUGCUGGGAAGAGCGAUGUCUAUUACUAUAGCAAAGCUCCCAUAAGAUUUAACCUCAAACUUAAGGAGCGUUGGUGUUGUUAUAGUGGUAAUCCCAGUGGGAAGAAGUUCCGCAGUAAACCUCAAUUGGCACGAUAUCUUGGCAACUCUAUGGAUCUCAGCACUUUUGACUUUCGAACAGGAAAAAUGUUGAUGAGCAAAAUAAAUAAGAAUCGGCAGCGCAUGCGCUAUGAUGGGCUGAAUCAAUCCAAGGGCAAGCCUGAUUUGAACACUGCCCUCCCAGUCAGGCAGACUGCAUCCAUCUUCAAGCAACCAGUCACUAAAGUGACAAACCAUCCUACCAACAAAGUGAAAAGUGACCCUCAGAAAGCAGUUGACCAGCCACGUCAGCUUUUUUGGGAGAAGAAACUAGCUGGGUUAAAUGCUUUUGACAUAGCAGAAGAGCUGGUGAAAACCAUGGAGUUACCAAAGGGACUGCAGGGUGUUGGUCCUGGGUGCACAGAUGAAACUCUUUUGUCUGCCAUUGCUAGUGCUCUGCACACAAGCACCAUGCCAAUAACUGGACAGCUGUCUGCUGCAGUGGAGAAGAAUCCUGGAGUCUGGCUUAAUACUUCACAGCCCCUCUGCAAGGCUUUUAUGGUGACAGAUGAAGACAUCAGGAAACAAGAAGAACUGGUGCAGCAAGUGAGAAAAAAGCUGGAAGAGGCUCUUAUGGCAGAUAUGCUGGCUCAUGUAGAUGAAAUUUCAAAAGAUAUGGGUACCCCUUUGGAAAAAGAUAUAGAUGAAGAUGAGGAUGACGAUUCCAGAGGGCAGGUUGCAGAAGAUGUAUGAGACUGCGUUGCAGAUUAUUGCAACAAACAAGACCUG